GUGAAUCGCUUUUUUCUCAUUUCAAGAUUAAAGUAAACACAACUCCAGCAACUGGAUUUUUUAUCCAAUAACAACGAAUAUAAAAAAAUAAAAUAUACAUAAAUGAAAUUGUAGAUUAAAAGAUAAGAGUCGAAUGUAGGUACUUGUGGUAGCAGUAUUUUAAGAUCAUCAUAUAGUGCUAUGAUUUGACCAAAAUGGAUAUUUUGAAAGCAGAAAUAGCAAAGAAAAGAAAACUGUUAGAGGAGAGAAACAUUCUUGAUGCAUCCAAAAAAUAUUUUAAACGUGGGGAACUGUUGGCUAAGGAGAAAGAAGAAUAUUUUAAGAAGUAUGGCCCAAAGGAAAUCGAAAAAGGAAAUGAUGCUGUUAGAUCUUCAGAUGAGAAACACGAAAAUGAAUCAGAGCAAAAUGAUAAUUUAUGUCUACCGAGAGCCGAAGUUAUAAAAAGGCUGAGAGAACGAUGUCACCCCAUUACAUUAUUUGGAGAAAGUGAAUUGCAAUCAUUUAGGAGAUUAAGGAGAAUUGAGAUACAAGAACCAGAAGCUAAUAAGGGUCUUCGAAAUGACUUCCAAGAGGCUAUGGACAAAGUAGAUCAAGCUUAUUUAGAUGAAUUUUUAGCUUUAGGAACACAGACAGAUAUAGAGAAACAGCAAAAAGAAGAUGCAUUGGAUGACUCAAUAACAUAUGAUGCUAUCCAAGAAAUGGCAAAAACAAUAGGUCAGGGGGAUAGAAAUCAUGACAUGAAUGUCAUCAUGACAUUACUCCAGUUUCUCUUAAAGCUGUGGGGACAACAACUUAAUUCCGCAACAGCACAAGAGAAAACCUCUACGAAACAUAAAAUGGCUAGGGCUACAUACACACAAACACAAGUAUAUCUGAAACCGCUGACAAGGAAAUUGAAAAAGAAGAAUUUGCCGGAAGAUAUUUGUGAUAGUCUUAUGGAAAUCACUAGGCAUCUACUGGAGAGGAAUUACAUAAUGGCUAGUGACGCGUACCUCCAAAUGGCAAUAGGCAAUGCCCCGUGGCCGAUCGGUGUGACUAUGGUCGGUAUACACGCCCGAACGGGACGAGAAAAGAUCUUCUCGAAGAAUGUAGCCCACGUCAUGAACGAUGAAACACAACGAAAGUAUAUUCAAGCUCUGAAGAGACUCAUGACGAAGUGCCAAGAAUAUUUCCCGACAGAUCCAUCGCGUUGUGUUGAAUAUACCACCAAUAAAUGAUAUUUUUUAUUA